AUGAAUUUAUCCUUGGUUGACCCCUUUGUCCUUGCCCAGGACUGCCCCGAUGUCAUCACCGGUCGUCUACGCAGCGGCCAUUCAACGUCAAUCCGUUUCAGCCACCGCGGCGACCUGCUUGCAUCCGGACGUCACGACGGCAUAGUAGUCAUAUUUGACAUUGAGACCAACGGCGUCGCGCGCAAGCUCCGAGGCCACACGCGCCAAGUUCAGUCGCUCAGCUGGUCGACCAACGACCGCUACCUCCUCAGCGCAGGCCAGGACUGGAAAUGUGUAUUGUGGGAUCUGAAGGAUGGCUCACGGGUGCGCACUGUCCGCUUCGAGGCAGCCAUCUUCAUAGCGGAGCUGCACCCCAAGAACCACAUGUGCUUUGUGGCCGCCCUCUUCGAAGACCAACCUGUCAUUGUUGACAUGACCGACCAAGUCCCCAUCAAACACUCCCUGUCAUCCGCGCCCCACCGAACCGACAUUGAACGCGAGAAUGCCUCUGAGAAGCAGACGGCUCAGGAUGCGAAGCAAACGACGACUAUGACUCUCUUUACUCCGACUGGCCAACACAUCAUCGCUGGUACAAACAAGGGGUGGCUGAACAUUAUAGAUACAGAGACACACCAAGUACGCUACUCCUUCAGGGUUACCACAAACAUCAUUGUAUACAUCCGCUUGACGCCCUCAGGCAGAGACGUCGUGCUCAACUCUAGCGACCGUAUUGUCAGGACACUCCACCUCCCCGACCUCAGUGACCCCAAGUUGGACUUUGACACUCUCCAACUGGAAGUCGAACACAAGUUCCAGGAUCUGGUCCAAAGGCUCUCAUGGAACCAUGUCUCGUUCAGCCCUACCGGCGAAUACGUCACUGCUUCUACCUGGAUGAACCACCACAUCUACGUCUGGGAGCGUGGACAGGGAAGUCUGGUUAAGAUCCUCGAAGGCACCAAGGAGGAGUUGUCUGUAGUUGAGUGGCACCCCUUCCGUCCCUUCGUCGCCGCUGUCGGAGUAGACUCUGGCCGCAUCUGGCUCUGGUCCAUCCUGCAGCCCCAGCGUUGGUCUGCCCUCGCCCCCGACUUUGUCGAAGUAGAAGAAAACGUCGAGUACAUUGAGCGCGAAGACGAGUUCGACAUCCAGCCUCUCGAGGAGCUCCACAAGCGGCGUCUAGACCAAGAAGAUGAAGAAGUUGACGUGCUCACAGUGGACCCUGUCAAGGCUUCGGGCACAGAACUUGGAUCAGCAGUAGGAGAGGCAGAGUUCAGGAUGCCCGUAUUAUUGGAUAUCGAGGCUAGUGAUAGCGAAGAUGAAGUGGUAGCUGUGGGCGCUGGUCAGUUCCGACGACGUACUCCUGGUGCCGCAAGAGAGUGGAUGAAUGACGAUGAGGUGGCAGUCAGCGGCGAUGAGGCACGCAGAGCUAACGGUCAUGCAGUUCAAAACGGUACAAAGAGGCGGCGGUGAUGAAUGAAGAAUACACACAUGGUAGUGUGGUAUUACAGAAGGAGGGAUGGGUAAUUCAUAGGUACGCAAAAGCAAUGCAUCACAUCACAUGACCGA